UGGGAAGAUGGAGAAGAUUUUGAACAGAAUUCAUCCAGUUUCUGAUCCAGCAGCAACCUAUUUUCUGCAGGUGUCAUGGGAAAAGGAUUUAGUCACUGGCUUUGGUUUACUUCUUAGCGAUUGUCAGUGUGCCUGGACUGGGAAAGUGUCUGAAGCAGACAUUUCUAGGGAGGCUGCUGACAUAGAAAUGGACAGAGAAAAAUAUGUGGAAGAGCUGAGGAAAGCACUGAUAGCUGGAGAAGAGUCAGCUGGCAAAUACAACUUUGUGAUUUCAAGAGAUGAGCAGAAUAAGGCCUGCCACUUCUCCUAUGAAAGAAACCUGAAAGAUGGCUCUUUCAGACUUGGAUCUCUGAAGCUGCAGGAAGUCCCCAGCCCUGCAGAGGUGCUCAAGGAACUCCUUGGUUACUGCCUGGACAGCCUGGGAAAGCUGCAGGCCAAAACUGAGCAUCUGCAGAAAGAAAAUGAAAGGCUUUUCAGCAACUGGAGUGACAUGGAGAAGAGGCUGGAAAAAUGCGUGGAAGCUAAAGAGGAGCUGGAGGCUGACCUUUACAGCAGGUUUGUUUUGGUGCUGAAUGAAAAGAAGGCCAAGAUAAGAAACCUGCAGAAGCUGUUGAGUGAAGCUAAAGAAUCUGCAGUGGAUGCCAAAUGCUCAAGGGAUAGUAUAGCUACUACUCAGAUGGUUAUAAAGAGAGAAAACAACUAUGAUGCCAGCACUGAUGAGGAAAGUGAAAAUCCAUCAGGGGCCUCGUUGCCAUCAGCUCCCAAACAAAGGGAUUCCUCCCUCCUGGCCAGCCCAGACCCCGUGGACCCAGCUCCAAGGAGAAAACGAAGGCAAAGGACAGCAAAACCUGCAGGGACAGGAGCUAAGGUGGCAGCUUACGAGGCAGAGCAGCCAGCACAGGAGAAAGCUGGCCUGGCCUCGCAGGUGACAUCGGGGCAGCGCUGCCCAGAUUGGGAUCUGGAAACCCUGGAAAACUCCUGUGAGCCAGAGGACCUCUUUGGGGACAUGUAGCCAGGUCUGGGCUGGGGACAGGGGACACUGGUGCUUCCAGCAGGGAUGAGCUAUAAACUACAAGGUGUUUUUUAUACAGAGCAAAGCCAAAUUCUUCUCUAAACCCCCCUGCUGCGCUUCCCCCGUUCUCACAGACCCUGGGCUUGCUACACCUCGUUUGUGGGGUCUAAAAAUGGAGUUUAGCCUCUGUGUAAACCUGUUAUCAGCUGUGUGUGGGAAGGGAGAGCACUGUGGGUGUGUUUUUGCAUAUUCACAGGCUCUGUGUUCAGGAUCAGCCAUUUCCCAGACACCAGGCAUGAAGAGAUUCCACUGCACUCCACCUUUCCCAGGUCAGUCUGGGUAAAUCAGCUUUAUGUGAUGUGCAGGUGUGACUUCAGGAUGGUCUGUUUCUGAGUCAAAGCAUACAAAGAAAUGUCCUUUUACUGUCCUUUUACUGUGUGGCACUAUGCAUUAUAAGGUAUCCUUGCUUUUGGGAGUAAAGUGCUACUCAAGUUGAUACUGACUAUUUUUACUUUCUGUAGAAACAUUUAAAGUUGUGAUUUUUUUGAUACUUCAGCUUUUUCCCUAAGGUGAUUUCUA